CGCUCGACUCGUUCACUUGCCUUCCAACUUGUGCGGACUGGAGAACGUGCGUGCGUGCGCGCAGCAUGAGCGGCGGCGGCCAACAUGGACGCGCUUCUACUUUUGUGGUUGAUGCCGAUUUAUGGGACGUCUGUUGCUCACCAAAGUUCAACCAUCAGUCUUUCCUCAAGGACACAAGAAAGUUCCGAGGUGACAAGGUCAACUUUAGGGUCACCCAUUGCGUCAGCAUCCCAACACGUGACCUUUGCCCUUUUGUCACUGAGGUCAGGUGGGAUGCCUGAGCGCCCAAACAUAACUCCGCCUUCGGCCACGUCUGACUGGCAGCAAACAUCAAAGACGAUCAUGUCGGAAACUUCACCUCCAGUCUCGUCCGAUUGGCCGCAAAUAUCAAAAACUGUUCCAUCCAAGACCCUGCCGUCAGUCACAUCUGACUGGUCGCAAAUAUCAAAGACAAUAACAUCCAAGACCCUACCUUCAGACUCCUCUGACUGGCGGCAAACUUCAAAGUCGAUAACGUCAAAGACUUCGCUUUCAGCAACGUCUGAUUGGCCACAAACAUCGAAAACGCUAAUGUCAGAGACUUCACCUUUGGUCACGUCUGAUUGGCCACAAACAUCAAAGAGGAUAACGUCGGAGACUUUGCCUCCGGCCGCAUCUGAUUGGCCACAAACAUCUAAAACGAUAAUGUCAGAGACUCCGCCUCUGGCCGGCUCUGAUUGGCCCCAAACAUCUAAGACGAUAAUGUCAGAGACUCCGCCUUCGGCCGGCUCUGAUUGGCCACAAACAUCUAAAACGAUAAUGUCAGAGACUCCGCCUCCGGCCGGCUCUGGUUGGCCGCAAACUUCCCGAACGAUAAUGUCAGAGGCUCCGCUUCCGGCCGCAUCUGAUUGGCCACAGACGUCAAAGAUGAUAAUGUCAGAGACUCCGUAUCCGGCCAUGUCCGAUUGGACUCAAACGUCAGAGAGGAUAACACCAGAGACUCCGCCUUCACCCCCCUCCGAAUGGCCGCAAACGUCAAAGACGAUAAUGUGGGAGUCUCCGUCUCCAGCCGCGUCUGACAGGCCGCGAACGUCAGAGACAAUAAUGUCAGAGACUCUGCCUUUAGCUGCGUCCGAUAGGCCGCAAACAUCUGAGACGAUAACAUCCAAGAAUCUCCCUUCAGUCAUGUCUGAUUGGCCGCAAAUUUCAAAGACGACAGCACCGGAGACUCCGUCUCCCGGUGGGUCUGACUGGCCGCAAAACACAACGGCGAUAACAUCGGAGACUCCGCCACAGGCCGCGUCUGAUUGGUCGCAAACGUCAAAGACGCAGCUGCCAUCGUUCAGUUUGACUGACAGGCCAGUCGCGACACGUGACCUCACAUCAAAGAUGGACCGCAGCGUGACGUCAGUGAGCGUCGCCACUCCUGCCGCCCUUCCCACCGGCAGGACGGCCUCGACUCCUCCCGCCGCACUUGCCUCAACUGCUGCCACCACCUCCGCUGUCAUAAAUGUUGCCAUUCAUACCAGCGGGCCCACCUCCCUUGCCAGCAGCACGAUUGGCUCUACGUCCAGCAACACUGCCGCCACCGCCGUGGCCUCAUCUCGUCCUGCCUGGACCUGGCAUGCCAUCACUUCUGCCUCCCUUGCAUUCGGCACUCCCGGCCUUCCUCUGACCUCUAACCCCAUCUCCACUCCCACCACCUUGCCGACCUCCGCUCCCGCCCCUGUCCUGUCCACUCCCCCAAAUAGGCCUCCAACAACAUCAGUAGCCCCGCCCACAACCCCAGCAGGCAAUGUGCUGGCAAUGGUUGCCAUGACAACAAGCAGUCCUUCAGCAACUGAGCCAAAGGUCAACUCGCCUAAUCGGCCCAGCUGCUUGGUAACCUUCACACAGGUCAAGGUCGGUGUGAAUUGGGCGCUGAUGACCUUCAACUCGGAACCCUUGUGCGCCAACUUCACGGCAGCUGCGGCGGCCACACUUGGCAACCACCUGAGGGUUAGCGAGUGCCAGCCGGUGGGAGGGGCCGCUCGAAACUUUACCUGCGCCAUCACACAACUGCGGGCGGGAACAGCGUACCGUGUCACCAUUGCCUCGGCCGUAAACGGACCACCAGCACAAGUGGAGGUGCACACAGUUCCUGAUGGGGUGUCGGCGUUGUCCGCCGUCUCGCUUUCUGACGGCAGCGCCUUGCGUCUCGCCUGGAUGCCCCCCAGUGGCACCUGGGAGAAGUACAGUGUGUUGUUGCGCAACGGCUCGGCGGUCCUGGUCAACGACAGCAUCGGGAAGCUGAGCCGGAGCUACGUGUUUACCGCCAAGGAGCUGGGCCUGGUGCCGGGUCGGGUCUACGGUGCCGAGGUCACAGUGCAUAGCGGCACGCUGGCUAACACCGCCUGCUGCCAAGCACAACUGGCUCCUGGGCUAGUCCAGCAGCUACGCGUCUAUCGUGUCGUGGAGACCGCCGUGUACCUCCAGUGGCAGUCGCCGAGGGGCGAGUGGGACGGCUUCAAGGCGGUCAUCCGAGGAGAUCGGCCCAAUUCGCCUGCGGUUCAAAACCUCCUCCCCCGAGAGGCCACCGGGUGUUCCUUCGCCGAGCUCACCUCGGGGCAGCUGUAUACUAUCACCGUGACCACCACCAGCGGCAACCUGAGCAGCUCCGCUUCUGUCAACACGUGGACCACUCCAUCUCAGGUGACCGGGCUGCAGGUUCGCAAUUUGGGUAGUACCGAAAGCCUCUUGGCUCAGUGGGAGCAGGGCAGCGGGGACGUAGACUUGUACCUCGUCCUGCUUAUCCACGAGGGCAGCGUCAUCAAGAACCAGAGCAUGCCGGCGGAUGCCUUCAGUCUGAGUUUCCGUGGCCUCAGGCCCGGCGCCCUCUACAGGGUGGUUGUGACAUCAGUCCGAGCGGGACGCCCAUCCCGGCAGACGGUGGCUGAGGGACGCACCGUACCCGCUGCCGUUGGUGAGGUCACCGUCAGUAACAACGGGCGCGUGGACUUCCUUAGCGUGUCGUGGCGUCCUGCUUUGGGGGAGGUGGACAGUUACCUGGUGGCUCUGAGGGACCGAGACAAGACACUUCACACGCUGGUUGUCUCCAAAUCCAGUCACCAGUGCGUUUUUAGCUCCCUCGUCUCCGGACGCCUCUACAACAUCUCCAUCACCACUUGCAGCGGAACCUUCCAGAACUACACCUCCGUCCUGGAGAGGACACAGCCUUCGAAGGUCCAGAACCCGACGGCAAUACACGGCGCCCGUGACGACUUCCUGAAGGUGUACUGGCGUCCCGCCUCCGGAGACUUUGACUUCUACCACGUUGCCAUCAAGCACAACAACGCGGUGCUGCAGAACCAGACGGUGUCCAGGAUGCGCAAUGAGUGCGUCUUUCACGGCCUGGUCCCCGGACGACUCUACACGGUUGUGGUCGCCACCUGGAGUGGCAACUACGAGGCCAGCGCCUCCACCCACGGUCGCACCUUCCCGGCGGCGGUACGUUCCCUGCAUGUCGCCCGUCGGACCUCCCAGAAGCUUUGGGUGGCAUGGACGGCGGCCCCGGGCGAUGUGGACCACUAUGAGGUGCAGCUGCUGUUCAAUGACAUGAAGGUGUUCCCUCCGCUCACCCUGGGAGACGGCAUGGGCGAGUGCCUGGUGUCCUCUCUCACGCCCGGACGACUCUACAAGGUCUUGGUGUCCACCUUCAGCGGACCCAACCAGAGGACCCAGUUCAUCGAGGGCCGUACAGUUCCCAGCCAGGUGAAGAACAUCCAAGUGAGUAACGGUGGUGACAGCAGCAGUUUGACCGUGAGCUGGACGGUGGGCCAAGGCGACGUGGACCGAUACGCGGUGGUUCUGUACAAACAGAACCACCAGUUGGACACGCGGCCCGUGCUCAGACAUCAGAAUCAGGUUACGUUCGGCUCGCUUCAGCCGGGUCAGCUGUACGACGUGAUGGUUCAGGCGUUCAGCGGCAACCUCUCCAGCAAUCAAACGGCCAGCGGACGCACGGUCCCGUCGGCGGUAACAGCACUGCGGGUGGAGAACCCAGUCGGUACCGGCAACCUGCAAGUGACCUGGCGGAAAGCCGCGGGCGUGUCGGACGGCUACUUCCUGCAGCUUCUCGAUAACAAGCCAGGCGCCGUCCUCGCCAACGCCACGCUGACUGCUGCCCUCACACAACACACGUUUGACGGUCUCAGCCCAGGAAGACAGUACAACGUCCUGGUCCGGACCACCAGCGGGGGAGUCCAAAGCCUCGGGGUCACCGCCAAUGCUCGCACACGUCCGGCAGCCGCCACCCAGCUGUCAAUCCAAAGCAACACCAGCACCAGUCUGUCCUUCUGCUGGUCCCGGCCGGCGGGUGACUUGGACUCGUACGACGUGCUCCUGUAUGACGCGGAUGAGGUUCUGCGGGAACAGCGCCAGCUCGGGCCGUCCAGCCUGGACUGCUCGUUCCGAGGACUCACGCCUGGUUCGGCUUACAAGAUGGUGGUCGUCACGUGCAGCGGAGACUUGAGCAACCGCUCCAGCAUUUGGGCUGGCACAGUCCCGUCCGCCGUCACAUCUCUACGCGCCGAGGGCGGCGAUGGUUGCGACCAGCUGCGAGUGUUGUGGCAGCGGUGCCAGGGCGGCGUGUCCGGGUACCGGCUUUCGCUGUCCGCCCCUGACGGCUCGCUACGGGCACAGGAGCAGCUGGGGCCGGAGGUCACAGAGUUCAUUUUCAGUGGCCUGACGCCGGGUCGACUUUAUCGCGUCGAUGUCCUGAGCCUCAGCGGAGAUCUCGCCAACGCGGCCAGCGUGCACGCGAGGACAGCUCCCAAACCGCCAAGCUCAUUCCUGUUUGGAGGAGUCACCAACACGUCUCUGGAGAUCACCUGGACCGCCCCCCCGGACUCCGACUACGAUGACUUCGAUGUACGCUGGACGCCGCCCGACCGCGGCUCUGUCGUCAACCCGUACGAGAAUCGCCGGUCCGGCAGUCGCAUCGUGAGAGGGAUGUUCCCCGGACGCCUCUACAACUUCAGCUUACGCACCGUCAGCGGAGCCUCGCAGGCGAGGGACGGGGCCCCGCCCUCCUACAGCCUGCCCAUCCAGCGCAGCAUCCGCACCAAGCCGUCCCCCGUUAUCGGCCUCCAUUGCCGCCCUCAGAGCUCCACCUCCAUUUCCUGCUCCUGGGCGCCCCCGGAGGCCGACUUUGACUCCUACACCGUCGAGUGCGUGCACGAGGACUCGCAGAGUCUGGUCUACUCGCGCCGCUCGGGCCGGCGGGCGGACAGGCGCCCGGCCGCAUAUGUCAUCGACCUGCUGGAGCCUCACAAGCGCUACACCGUAUGCGUCAAAGUCAUCUCGGACACCAGCGCCAGUGAGGCGGCGCGGGACAGCGUGGUCACCAUGAUCGACCGACCCCCGGUGCCGCCGGUCAGCAUGCGAGUGGACGCCGUGUCGGCGCUGGCCACCGAGUCAUCCAUCCUGUUCCACUUCAACUGCAGCUGGUUCAGCGACGUCAACGGCGCCGUCAAAUUCUUCAGCGUCGUCGUCACAGAGUCCAAAGGUGAAGACAGCGUUUUGCCCGAGCAGCGCCACCCUCUGCCCUCGUACGCCGACUACAUGUCCAACACGUCCAUCAAGUCAUACCAGACAUCUUUGUUCGCCGGCGGCAGCCCCGCUGAAGCCUGCGCUUAUGACAUCACUGUGGGGGCGGGGUCGGACACCCUGGGCGGGUCAUGUGACCACCUGCGCGCACGCCACAACCGCCAGCGACACUUCUGUGACGGACCGCUUAAACCCACAACUGCUUACAGGCUGAGCAUUCGAGCGUUCACGCAAGUGUCCGACGGCGUUUCGGCGCCUCUCUACGCCGACACCUUCCUGUCGCUGCCCGUGCGCACCGCAACAGACCCUGCCGGCGGCCUCGUGGGAGGAAUCAGCGCCGGCGUCUUCGUGAUGGUUGCCGUGGCAACGCUGGCGGCGCUCAUCCUCUACAGACGAAAUGCACGACCAAAAACUGCCGAGGAGAGCAUGGCAGUCAACAUGUGUGUGAGGAGCGAGCGAGCUUUGCCAAGAGGUCACCUAGGGGUCAGAGGGAAGCGCCGUCACAUGACAAGCCCCAUCAACGUGGCCGACUUUGAACGUCACUACAACAAACUCCAGGCCGACGCCCACUUCCUACUUUCGGAGCAGUAUGAGAGUUUGAAGGACGUCGGCCGCAACCAGACCAGCGACGCCGCUCUGCUGCCCGAGAACCGCGGCAAGAACCGAUACAACAACAUUCUACCCUAUGACUCAACGAGAGUCAAGUUAUCGUACGUGGAUGACGACCUCUCCUCCGACUACAUCAACGCCAGUUACAUACCUGGCAACAAUUCCCGCCGCGAGUACAUCGCCACCCAGGGUCCGCUGCCGGGAACGAAAGACGAUUUCUGGAAAAUGGCCUGGGAGCAAAACGCCCGCAACGUGGUCAUGCUCACGCAGUGUGUGGAGAAAGGACGCGUGAAGUGCGACCGCUACUGGCCGGCGGAGCGAGAGCCCCUUUACUACGGCGACCUCAUCGUCCACAUGACCUCCGAGUCGGUGCUGCCCGAGUGGACCAUCCGAGAAUUCAACGUGUGCAGCGAGGACGACGUGCGGCACGUGCGCACGGUUCGCCAAUUCCACUUCACCGUGUGGCCCGAUCACGGCGUUCCUGACAGCACGCAGUCGCUGGUCCACUUUGUCAGAACCGUCAGAGACUUUGUCAACAGAAGUCCCGCUGGCGGUCCCACCAUCGUGCACUGCAGCGCGGGCGUGGGCCGAACGGGCACUUUCGUGGCACUGGACCGGCUCCUGCAGCAGUUGGACACCUCGGACGCGCUGGACGUUUACGGCUGCGUUUGGCAACUCCGCCUGCACCGCUCGCACAUGCUGCAGACCGAGCGGCAGUACGCAUUUGUGCAUCAGUGCAUCAGCGACGUGCUUCGAGCGAGGAGCUUGAUUGUGUACGAAAACGUCAGCUUGAGCCAGACGCUGAGCGGGCGACCUUAAGGUCAUAAGACAAGACCCACCAGUGACGUCAGCGAAAGAGAAGUCUGGAGAACAGGCGUAUAAAUCUGAUGUCAUCCAAUCGAUGACAUGCGGUUUAUAUUGCUUGACGUAUUUUGGAACUGUGUGCCUGAUGAUUUUGCACAUUGCUGUUAAAAGGUGUACAGUAUAGUCAUUUACACUGCAUGAGCCUAUAUUAUUUUACAUUAUUGUUGUUAAUGUAUAUUUAGGGUCGGGACAAAAUGUUUAAGUUUCGUUCUUUUUUAGCAAAUUUGUUGCUUAGAGCACAUAAACAUACUGUUCAUGGUUGUGUAUUUCGUGCGCAGAAUUCAUAAUGAAUGCAUAUUAAAUGUGCGUAAAGAA